UAAUGGUCACAAUCUCUCUCUCUCUCUAACUGAUCGCCAUUUUCACUCUUACUCAGUUGCUCACUCACUCACUGUAAUCCGCCAUUAACGAAAUUCUGUUUCUCUUGAUGUGUUCAUGAAUCAUUGAACCAUGAUUGUUUGCAGACCUUUGAGAUUCAAUUUGGGGCCGUCAUUGCCGCCGGCGUCCGGGGUCUAUGCCAGACAACCGGAGUAUUGCCCAACCUCAUCUUCUUCCUCUCUUUCAUUGCGCACCAAAUGCGUCUCUGUUUCUGCUGCCGAAGGAUUUGAUUGGAACUCGAGUGAGUAUUUCACUAAGAGCUUUAGUUUGAAGAGAGGGAGCGGGGUUUACGGUGGUCGAGAUGGAAAUGGGGAGGGAGAGGUAGAGAGGGAGAGAGAUGUGUAUUGUGAAGUGGAGGUUGUGUCGUGGAGAGAGCGCCAGAUUCGGGCUAAUAUUUUUGUUAAUUCUGGGAUUGAAUCGGUUUGGAAUGCUCUUACGGAUUAUGAGCGGCUUGCGGAUUUCAUCCCUAAUCUUGUCUCCAGUGGGAGAAUUCCUUGUCCACAUCCUGGUCGGAUAUGGUUGGAGCAAAGAGGACUGCAACGGGCAUUGUAUUGGCAUAUCGAAGCUCGAGUUGUCUUGGAUCUUCAAGAGUUACUAAAUUCUGAUGGUAGUCGUGAACUCCACUUUUCCAUGGUUGAUGGAGACUUUAAAAAGUUUGAAGGCAAAUGGUCCUUGAAAGCUGGUACAAGGUCAUCCCCGACAAUUUUGUCGUAUGAAGUUAAUGUGAUACCAAGAUUUAAUUUUCCUGCCAUUCUUCUAGAAAGAAUAAUUAGAUCAGAUCUUCCGGUGAAUCUUCGGGCCUUGGCUUGUAGAGCUGAAGGGAGUUCUGAAGGGGGUCAAAGAGUAGGAAACAGUGAAGAUUCCAAGUCCAUGAUUCUUUCUAAUACAAUUAAUGGUGCGGCAUGUGAGAAAGAUGAACUAUUACAGGAAAAUUCUAGUUCCAAUUUGGGAACCUUGCCCCCAUUGUCUAAUGAAUUGAAUAGCAACUGGGGAGUUUUUGGAAAAGUUUGCAAACUCGACAAACGUUGCAUGGUCGAUGAAGUUCAUCUCCGUCGAUUUGAUGGUUUGCUGGAAAAUGGAGGCGUUCAUCGUUGUGUGGUGGCUAGCAUAACUGUGAAAGCUCCUGUUCGUGAAGUCUGGAAUGUCCUGACUGCUUAUGAAAGUCUUCCCGAAGUAGUUCCAAAUCUAGCAAUCAGCAAGAUACUGUCAAGAGAAAGCAACAAAGUUCGCAUUGUUCAGGAAGGAUGCAAGGGUCUACUAUAUAUGGUUCUGCACGCUCGUGUGGUUUUGGACUUGUGUGAACAGCUUGAACAAGAGAUUAGCUUUGAACAGGUUGAGGGAGACUUUGACUCUCUUACAGGAAAAUGGCAUUUUGAGCAGUUGGGAAGUCAUCAUACUCUCUUGAAAUACUCUGUGGAGUCCAGAAUGCACAAAGAUACCUUUCUUUCUGAGGCUCUAAUGGAAGAGGUGGUAUAUGAAGAUCUUCCUUCAAACUUAUGUGCAAUUCGGGACUCCAUCGAGAAAAGGGGAUUAAAAAAUUCUUUUGAAUCAUUUGAGAAAGGUGAUUCAGAGGAGAAAAGUUCUUCAAAUCAAAACAAUCAAUUCAAUGACCAUACGACAACGGGUGAGAGAGUUUCAGAUGUCAAUGGGAGAAGCUCACCCAGAUCAAGGCCCAAAAUUCCUGGCUUACAAAGAGACGUUGAAGUUCUCAAAGCAGAGGUGUUGAAGUUUAUUUCAGAACAUGGGCAGGAAGGAUUUAUGCCAAUGAGAAAGCAACUUCGUAUGCAUGGAAGGGUAGAUAUUGAGAAGGCAAUCACACGCAUGGGUGGAUUCAGAAGGAUUGCAUCACUUAUGAAUCUUUCCUUGGCAUAUAAGCACCGCAAGCCGAAGGGUUACUGGGACAAAUUUGACAAUUUGCAGGAAGAGAUAAAUCGGUUCCAGAAGAGCUGGGGAAUGGAUCCUUCGUACAUGCCGAGUAGGAAGUCCUUCGAACGUGCAGGGAGGUACGACAUUGCACGGGCACUCGAGAAAUGGGGCGGCCUGCACGAAGUUUCUCGGCUUUUGUCACUAAAAGUGAGACAUCGUAACAGACAACCAAGCUUUGCCAAGGAUAGAAAGAAUGACUAUUUAGGUGUAAAUGAUGUUGAUUCUGAAAGUAAAACUCCAUCUAAGCCAUAUAUUUCUCAGGAUACAGAAAAAUGGCUUGCAGGACUGAAGUAUUUGGAUAUUAAUUGGGUUGAGUAGUGUUCAUACGAUAUACAAAGCCUACAAAUGUAUAUAUGUUCAAGAGAAUUUGUCAUGA